AUGGCGCCGACUGAGAUCCCCUUCUCAGGGCUUCUCUUCGACCAGGGCGCUGUCACCCAGGCAGUCAUCGACCAUCCGUAUCCUGGCUCAGGCAAGGCCGACGAUCCCUACGUGAUAACCUGGAUCCCCAAUGAUCCCCGAAACCCGCAACUGUUAUCAGACUCCUUCAAAUGGUUCCUCACGGUCCUCGUCUCGUUGGCUGCACUGGCUGCCGCAUUGGUAUCCUCCGCCUAUUCAGCAUGUCUAGUUGAAAUCAUCGAGUAUUUCCACUUCUCCAAAGAGGUCUCGUAUGUAGGUAUUUCUCUGUACGUGCUCGGGUUUGCCCUGGGCCCCCUCGUCUGGGCACCCCUGAGCGAGAUCUACGGCCGGCGCUGGAUUUACGUUAUCAGCAUGGCGAGCUUCACUGCGUUUACCGCGGGCACGGCCGGUGCGACGAAUACAGAGAGCCUGCUCAUCCUGCGCUUUCUGGCCGGCAGUAUGGGCUCCUCUGGCAUGGCGCUUCCCGGGGGCGUCAUUGCGGAUAUCUUCCCUGCGACCACCCGGGGGCUGGCCAUGGGUAUCUACGCUACAUCCCCGUUUCUAGGCCCGACUCUCGGGCCCAUCAUUGGGGGGUUUAUCUCAGAGAGCAUCGGCUGGCGCUGGGUGCAGGGCGUGCUCGCCAUAUUCGCUGCUGUCCUUGUAACAGGCAUCAUCUUCCUGCUCCCCGAGACAUACGCCCCUGUGCUGCUUCAAGCACGAGCGCAGAGACUUGAGCAAAUCACCGGCAAUUCCUACCGCAGCGCCUCAGACAACAGCAAGAAACCUCUAUACAAAACCCUCGGCACAGCCCUCUCUCGCCCGUGGCUCUUCCUCUUCGGCGAACCCAUCGUCUUCCUCCUCUGCCUCUACGUCGCCAUCAUCUACGGCAUCCUCUACCUGCAAUUCGCCGCCUACCCCAUCGUCUUCCAGCAAGUCCGCGGCUGGUCCGAGGGCAUCGGCGGCCUCUCCUUCCUCGGGAUUCUCGUCGGAAUCCUCGCCGCAACCGCAUACAUGUUCCCCGUCUACUUCCAGUAUAAAAGGAAAACCCUCGCCUCGCCCACCGGCCGUCUCCCCCCAGAAGAACGCCUCCAAAGCGCCUUCAUCGGCGCUAUAGCCCUCCCGAUCGGCCUGUUCUGGUUCGCCUGGACAAACAGCCCCUCUAUCCACUGGAUAUCCUCCAUCGCAGCCGGCGUCCCCUUCGGCUUCGGCAUGCCCCUUGUGUUCCUCCCUGUUUCGAACUACCUGGUCGACACGUACACGAUCUAUGCGGCGUCGGUGUGGGCCGCGAACACGCUGCUCCGGUCGACGUUUGGCGCGGUGUUUCCGCUUUUCACGGGCUAUAUGUUUGAGACUCUGGGUAUUCACUGGGGCGCGUCUGUGCCGGCGUUUUUGGCGCUGGCUUGUGCGCCGAUACCGUUCUUGUUUUAUUGCUUUGGGGAGAGGAUUAGGAGGAGGUCGAAGCGUGCGAGUGAGGCUGAGGAGUUUAUGCAGUGCUUGCUGGGGGCGCAGCAGCAGAAAAAAGAACAAAAGAAGGAGAGUGGCAAGGAGUCUGUCUAG